AGCGGGCGGCGGCGGCGGCGGCAGUGUCUCCGGGACGCGCGUGGAGGUCGGUCGCCCAGAGCUGCUCGGCACAGUCUCUCCGCCUGCUGCCUCGGCGCGGCAGUGCCAGCGAGCGAGCGAGCGAGUCCCCGCGAGCCCUCGGCGGCGCGGCCCCCUCCUCGCAGCCUCCGCGGACUGACCGCUCGUCUUCCCGCGCGCCCGCUCCCCCCUCCGCGGCCUCCAGGCGCUUUCCGAGGGGCCGAUUCCCGCCCGCUUCCUCCUGCUCCCCAUCGAAGCUCCAGACAUGAGUUUUUCCAUCUCUUCAGAGAUGAACCAGAUUAUGAUGCAUGAUUAUCACAGAAGAAAUUCGUGUCUAUAGCUUUUAAGGACUUGAUUACAUCAUUUCAAGCCUGAUAGUUUUGGAAUCACCAUUAGAGCUUAAGACACCUCUGCCUUCACUUCAACCACCUGUCUUCAUACCUUGAGGAAGUGCUGAGUUUUAACACUCCUUUGUCCUUGGAAUAUCUAAGAAGUCCCAGAAAUCCCGUUUCUUGCCAGUUCAGUAGCCAAAUUUAUAAGCAAAAAUGAUUCCCAAUGGAUAUUUAAUGUUUGAAGAUGAAAAUUUUAUUGAGUCUUCUGUUGCCAAAUUAAAUGCUCUGAGGAAAAGUGGCCAGUUCUGUGAUGUUCGACUUCAGGUCUGUGGCCAUGAGAUGUUAGCACACAGAGCAGUCCUGGCUUGCUGCAGCCCCUAUUUAUUUGAAAUCUUUAAUAGUGAUAGUGAUCCUCACGGAAUUUCUCAUGUUAAAUUUGAUGAUCUCAAUCCAGAAGCUGUUGAAGUUUUACUGAAUUAUGCCUACACUGCUCAGUUGAAAGCUGAUAAAGAAUUGGUAAAAGAUGUUUAUUCUGCAGCAAAAAAGCUGAAGAUGGACCGAGUAAAGCAGGUUUGUGGUGAUUAUUUACUAUCUAGAAUGGAUGUUACCAGCUGCAUCUCUUACCGAAAUUUUGCAAGUUGUAUGGGAGACUCCCGUUUGUUGAAUAAGGUUGAUGCUUAUAUUCAGGAGCAUUUGUUACAAAUUUCAGAAGAGGAAGAGUUUCUUAAACUUCCACGGCUAAAGUUGGAGGUAAUGCUUGAAGAUAAUGUUUGCUUACCCAGCAAUGGCAAAUUGUAUACAAAGGUAAUCAACUGGGUGCAGCGUAGCAUCUGGGAGAAUGGAGACAGUCUGGAAGAGCUGAUGGAAGAGGUUCAAACCUUGUACUACUCAGCUGAUCACAAGCUGCUUGAUGGGAACCUACUAGAUGGACAGGCUGAGGUGUUUGGCAGUGAUGAUGACCACAUUCAGUUUGUGCAGAAAAAGCCACCACGUGAGAAUGGCCAUAAGCCGCUAAGUAGCAGUUCCACUGGAUGUCUCUCUUCUCCAAAUGCUACAGUACAAAGCCCUAAGCAUGAGUGGAAAAUCGUUGCUUCGGAAAAGACUUCAAAUAAUACUUACUUGUGCCUGGCUGUGCUGGAUGGUAUAUUCUGUGUCAUUUUCCUUCACGGGCGAAACAGCCCACAGAGCUCACCAACGAGUACUCCAAAACUAAUUAAAAGUUUAAGCUUUGAGAUGCAGCCAGAUGAGCUAAUAGAAAAGCCCAUGUCUCCCAUGCAGUAUGCACGAUCUGGUCUGGGGACAGCAGAGAUGAAUGGCAAGCUCAUAGCAGCAGGUGGCUAUAACAGAGAGGAAUGUCUUCGAACAGUUGAAUGCUAUGAUCCACAUACAGAUCACUGGUCCUUUCUUGCCCCUAUGAGAACACCAAGGGCUCGAUUUCAAAUGGCUGUACUCAUGGGCCAACUCUAUGUGGUAGGUGGAUCGAAUGGCCACUCAGAUGACCUGAGCUGUGGAGAGAUGUAUGAUCCAAGCAUCGAUGACUGGACUCCUGUUCCAGAAUUGAGAACUAACCGUUGUAAUGCAGGAGUAUGUGCUCUGAAUGGGAAAUUAUACAUUGUUGGUGGCUCUGAUCCAUAUGGUCAAAAAGGACUGAAAAACUGUGAUGUGUUUGAUCCUGUAACAAAGUCGUGGACAAGCUGUGCUCCUCUUAACAUUCGUAGACACCAGGCUGCAGUCUGUGAGCUUGGUGGUUAUUUGUACAUAAUUGGAGGUGCAGAGUCUUGGAAUUGCCUGAACACAGUAGAACGUUAUAAUCCUGAAAACAACACCUGGACUUUAAUUGCACCCAUGAAUGUGGCUAGGCGAGGAGCUGGCGUAGCUGUUCUUGAUGGAAAAUUGUUUGUAGGUGGUGGCUUUGAUGGUUCUCAUGCCAUCAGUUGUGUGGAGAUGUAUGACCCAACUAGAAAUGAAUGGAAGAUGAUGAGAAACAUGACUUCACCAAGGAGUAACGCUGGGAUUGCGACUGUAGGGAACACCAUUUAUGCAGUGGGAGGAUUUGAUGGCAAUGAAUUUCUGAAUACGGUGGAAGUCUAUAACCUUGAGUCUAAUGAGUGGAGCCCCUAUACAAAGAUUUUCCAGUUUUAACAAAUUAAGACCCUUUCAAACUAACAGGCUUAGUGAUGUAAUUGUGUUUAGUAGAGGUACACUUGUGAAUAAGGAGGGUGGGUGGGUAUAGAUGUUGCUAACAGCAACACAAAGCUUUUGCAUAUUGCAUAUUAUUAAACAUGCUGUACAUACUUUUUGUGUUUAUUGGGAAAGGAAUGCAAAGAUGAAGGUCUGUUUUGUGUAUUUUUAGGACUACUUUGGUUAUUUUACUUUUUGGAAGUUGAUAUUGUAAAAGAAUAAACCAAGACUUGAUCGGGCAUGUCAUUUCAAGAAGUCCCCUCCUCCACAUUUGUUUUUGCCAAUUUGCACAUUAAAUGACUUCCCUCAAACAUGUAUUAUGGGGCAAGAGGGGGUAGGGUUUAAGAUUUAGGCAGUUGGGUUUUUUAAGGGCCCUUUUUCAAUAACUGGAACACUCUAUACAAGAGACUUAUUUAACUAGAUGACAAUGACUAUUUUUGUUUUUAUUAAAAGAAAGCUGACAUGCCUACCAAGAUUUAAUCUUUUAUGAUUGCCUUUUUAUAACUUUUUAUAUUCUUAGCACAGCGCUUUACCUGUUAAAGAUGUGGCAGGUUCAAAUUACUGAAGCAGAGUGGCAGUCUUAAAGGAUGCAGAGUGAGGUGUUUCUUUUAUACGCCCAGAAUGCAAACUUCUAAGCUUUUGCCUCAGCUACAUUGUUUUUUUUUUUUGAGACGCAGUACCAUGUUUAUUUGAAUGGAGUUGCUGAACAGUAACAUAGCUAUGAUUUUUAUUUGAAACACUGAUUUCAAAUAUUUUGACUUCUUGAGGGUAUAUUUUAUAUAGCAAGACACUUAAUAUAUAACAGUAAAGAAUGGUGAAGUACUUUAUUUUCUAAAUAAUUCCUGUCUUUAUUUAUCAUUAACAAAGCAAUCCUAUAUAGCGCCCUCGAUUGUGAAAAAAAUUAAACUGUACUGGGUUUAUGAAUGCAGCCUUUAUCAGAACUAUGUUUUUGUUCAGUUUUUCUAUUCAUAUGGAUAAAUACUGGUUGGGGUGACUAUCGAAUGUGUCGUGCUACACAUAUUAACUUACGGUGCCAAAAUUAGCACAUCCUAAUGCUUGCUGCCAAUGCAAACAUAUUAAAGGUACUUUGCAGGAAAUCCUUGCACCAUGGAAUUAA